ACCGAUCAGUCUACUUAUUCCUGUCGUCGCGAUUGGCCGCGCUGUGUUAGUAUUCCUCUUGAGUGACCGGUUCGCGCGGAAGAUGCAAAACAAAAAAAUCAACAAGCCGUUGGUUGAUCCAACAAGUGUUUGAGUUGUUGUGGGUUCGUGUGCUCCGCGCGAAUACUAGCGAUCGCGGGGAUUUUUCCUGCGGAUUGAUAUGUAGAUGAUAAGUGUACAACCAGUCAAAAGUUGAAUUUAUUGCUGCAUUUACUAUCCACACGAGUUGUGGAGUGUUUCGUGAUCGGCUUAUUUCGCAAACUGCGCUGCCAAAUUAACGCGAUGCGUUUCAGAUAGAAGUUUCGACACGCGACAGGGAAAAAAAGAGUCGUACCUGUGCUUAAAGUGUGGAGUGAUGUCAUUUGACAAGCUUAAAGAAGAAGAAAAAAUUGUUUGUGAAAGUUUGUGAAGCUACAAUAGUGUACAUAUGUCAAUGGAUAACCAUACCGUGUGUCAACAUAAGGAUUCGAAAAUGAUUCGAAGAAUUCCAUGGAGCAUUUGGUUACCGUCGGGACUGAUGAUCAUAAUAAUGUUCCUGUGCAUGAUAAUCAUGCUAUUGAUAACGAGUGCCUUUCCUAGAACGCAGAACUAUGGGUCGAGUGAAAGAUUUGUCGUAGGAAGCGCAGGUCACUUGAGCAAGCCUACGGAUUCUGCAUCAGAAUUUCGGUCACUAAUUCGACCUAGGACGCAAUUGGCAGAUAACGGCGAAACGCCUUCCGUCGACGAAGAUGUGGAAAAGAAGAUAAGAGAGAUUUACGCCCGCGGAUAUUCGGACCCCGAUCCUACCUCUGAGGAAUAUCCUGAUCAAUACCCCCAAGAGGUUGAGAUAAGAGUUGACAGCCCUACCAGCACCGUGCGGAGUCGUCCUCGGCGGCCUUUGCAGCCUAUUGGUAAAGAUUUUGACCCGAGCAGAUCGCAUGUUAUCAAAAAUCCUAAUGGCACGAAAACCUAUGUAUUUCCGGCGAGACUGACUUCAAGUACAGAUAGUGUCAUCCUGGUCAACGUUAGCACAACGAGUGUACCCCCGAUAACGGGAGACGACGUGGGUUUUCGAGAUUCUAUCAAUAAAGGAGACAUUGUGUUCCCCGUGGAAUGGCCUCCGUCGAUAACCUCAGAAUGUGGUCCUGAAACACCAAUCUGCGUCAACAUUCCCAACUAUCCCAAACGGUUCAUUGACAACAUCAUAGCCCGCCAGGAGCACCGCUUUUCCGAGGUGUUUGGUGACGACGUCGUGGUGGCUAGUGGGGACAAGCUGGUCCAACGUUUUGACGCCACUGACGAUGAGUUUAUUUGUAAGAGCGAGGAAAAGCUGAUUCAUCCGCAGGGCGGUCUUUCGAUGGACAAUAAACAGGUGGUUGUAGUGAACACUGAAAAGUACAACCAGGGCGUUCGAGUGGAACUGUGCAGCUCCCCGGGACAAACGUGUGAAGCACUGGAUCACCUAACCUCCCUGUACCGUACAGAGUGCAAGCAGCUGUAUCACUAUCGAACCCUGCUGGCUGUGCAUCCCAAAACUGGUGAGCUGUACAAGGAAACGAUUCGGCUGCCAUCCUGCUGCAAGUGUGUGAUUAAACCAUUGAGAAGACCAUGAAACGGCGGUGGAUCGAGUAACAAGACGACAAAAGUGUGACGGAAAGGCUACUCAGAAUACAAUUGGGUGAUGUUUUCUCGAAAAAUUUCGUUUGUGAAAUUUCAUUAAUGUACAAGAUAAUUAAACCAAUAGGCCAUAUGUUGUAAUUUUAAAUAAAAAAAUAAAAUUGUAUAGCACUGA